AUGGAGGAGGCUCCUUUGACUCUGGCGCAUUCGCACGCGCGCAAAGCCGCCAAACAAACGUCAAAGUCGAAUCUCGCCGCUGCUGCCACCGAACACCAAGCUGCAGCUGAGCACUAUGCACAAGCCCAAGACUCGACCUCGGAUCCAGAGGCCUUGCGCAUGUUGAGCCUCUUGGAACAUCACCACCGUCAACUGGCCGACAUCAUCCACUCCAAACACACGAUUGCAAAAGCCGUUCAAGACGCCCACCAUGGAGACCCGGACACUCCCAUACCAGACACUUCGACCUCUGUUGCCACACCGCCUGCCGUCUUCUCGUCGUCCACUCCCCCACAGCUUACCACCCGCAUACAUCCAGCACGUCGCGAGUCUUCGCCAGCCCUGGCUAAAGAUAUGGCCACUCGCAGAGGCAUUCCACAACACUCUUCUUCUCUCAACCCACGCAAGUCCGCUCCCUCAGCAGCGCCCGCCAACGACCCUUCUAUCUCUUCUGACCGCAGAGCCCCACAAAAGCCCAUCUCUUCUGACCAGACUGUUCGAUCAAAAGAUCAAGACGAUGGCUUUUCUCGCUUCUACUCAAAUUGGACCACUGGCCCACUGUCACGCCUGUCGUCCAUGCUCGCCUUUACCGCUCUUCCCCUGACAGACACUCCUGAGCCCGAUUCGCCAACCUCCUCGCGUCACCAAAAGACAAGCGCCCGAGCCUCGAAUGACCCUGAUGUCAAGUCUCUCAUAUCCCCCGCUGCUCUGAACGCCCUGCAGCAACACGGUCACAUCGGUCCCGGCGAGAGCUUCUACGUUAUACCCACAAGCGGUGGCACGGCGUCUUAUGCCAAUAUUGUCACGCGAGAACAACGCUACGCUCGUCGCCACCAUCUCUCAAAUAUCAGCGAAGACGAUCCGGCCGAAUUCGUGGAUGCCCAGGAAACACUACCACCGAGACAACCCAAUCGCGGUCUGAUCUCUGUGAGAGAAGAAGAAUUGCAAUUGGAGAAUGACACCCUCAAACAAGCUCUCGAUCAUGUGAGCCAUCGACUGCAGGCGUUUGAAUCGCAUGCUCAAGAUGCCUCCAUGGCAGCUUUGACACACAGUGUGGCGAGUAUACGGUCUACCGCUCCUUCGCACACGUCCAGACAAUCUGAUGACGAUCUACACGCUGCCAUGAAAGAGAUCAAAAGACUUGAACACGACAAUGCAAAAUUCAGGGCUUACUAUAGCAAGCUGAAAGACAGCGCCAAAGCAAGGAGAGCUGAACCUAGAGGCUAA